AUGACCACCAAUUGCUCAUUUCCCAAUAUACCAGAUGAUAGAUUGAAGCGUGAACUUCUUCCAGAAACCUAUCAAUGGUGUUUAACGAACGGUCUUGUCAUGUAUCCCAUUAACUUUCAGCAGGAACAAACAAUGAUUGCACCUGUAACGCUAUAUCCAACACCAUUACCAAGAAGAAGUUUUGAAAGUGCAGAAGACGUGCAGAAGAUCUACAACGAAUUAUAUGCCAAAAUCUCUCAGGAUUCAGGAGGCUGGCUGACAAAUGAAACUAUCAAACUGGCAAAUUUCGACUCUGAAUUUACAGGUAAGCUCUGGAAACUGUAUCUAGAAGCUGUUAAAAAUGGAAUUACACAGAAAUUAAAGCUUGGUGUCUUUCGAUCCGAUUACUUGGUUGAUAAGAGGAGUACUGAUAUUAAACAGGUGGAAUUUAAUACUGUUUCUGUUUCAUUCGGAGGUUUAUCCACAAAAGUGGGUCAACUGCACAAUUAUCUGAAUGAAACUGGCAGCUAUUCACUGGGAACUAAAUUUUAUCAACAAGAAAUUCCUACAUCAGAAUCUGACUCUUUGCUUGCUAAAGGUCUAGCUGCCGCUGUCAAAAAAUAUGACCCGGUUCUCGAGAACCCUAUCGUCGCAUUUAUAACACAAGACAAUGAGAGAAACGUUUUUGAUCAAAGAGUUAUUGAAUAUAAUUUGCUAAAAGAAUAUGGAAUACGUUCUAUUAGAUUAACACUUGAUGAGGUCCAAGAAAGAACUUAUGUCAAAGACGAGAAGCGGAGAUUGUUUGUGAAAUCUAGUGAUCAAGAAAUAGCACUAGUUUAUUUUAGAGCGGGCUAUUCGCCAACGGAUUUCAAAUCACAAAUAUCUUGGGAUAACAGAUUGGUAUUAGAAACGAGCUAUGCCAUCAAAGCGCCUGAUUUAAUGACACAAUUAUCAGGUACAAAGAAAAUUCAACAACUAUUAACGGACGAGCUGACAUUAUCUAAAUUUAUUGAUGACGAAUCUACCAGAAGGAGAAUUCUUUCAACUUUUGUAAAAAUAUAUCCCUUGGAUGAUACUCCCUUGGGGAAACAGGGAAAAAAAUUUGCAUUGGAAUCGCCACAUAAAUACGUAUUGAAACCUCAAAGAGAAGGUGGAGGAAAUAAUAUCUACAAAGGAGAUAUUCCUGAUUUCUUAAAUAAAACUCCUGUAGAUCAAUGGAGCGCUUACGUUCUAAUGGAAUUGAUAGAGCCAAAUUCAACCGAAGGUAACAUCGUAUUGCGUGGGAAUGAAAUGUUUAAGGAACCAAUUUUGAGUGAAUUGGGCAUCUUUGGGUGCAUUCUUUUCAACGAAACAGAAGUAUUUUACAAUGAAUAUGCUGGUUGGUUGCUUAGAUCAAAAUUCAACAGCUCCAAUGAAGGUGGAGUUGCUGCUGGAUUUGGUUGUGUCGAUAGUAUUGUUUUAGUUUGA